AUGUACUGUCGGGAGUCCAUAGAUUCGCGGUACUGUAUUGUCCUCCGGUUCCGUGCAUCUGUAUUUAUUCGCCGUGAUGAAGUUAUUCCUUUUCAAAUUGCUCAGUACUUUACCGAUCUUGCUUUCGGUCUUCUUCGUUGGCUUCACUUCAAUCCGUCAGUACGCAUUUUGUAUGUCCGAAAUUUGAUGCUACACACAACCGAGGAGGCGUUGAAAGAGCAUUUCAAUCGAGCAAUCGGUGCGUGUGAUGCGGUGGAACGAGUGAAAAAAAUACGGGAUUAUGCUUUUGUGCAUUUUCGGGAUCGGAUUCAGGCAGCUGCAGCGUUACAUCAACUGGACGGUAAGAUGUACCUUACUUUCGGCGGGGCGGAGGGGACAGGGACCGGUUAG